UGUUCUUCACAUUCUACUGAAUGUAUAUUCCAGAGAACCCUGCCUCCUGACACAAUAUCCUGUAUCUGACAUAGAGCCCAAUGCUGGUUAUCACAAACAAUGAAAAUAAUCAUUUGAUCAGAGAAAGACCAAUAACAAAACAACAUUAUUUAUGAAGUUAACCAGAUCUCAUUGGUGCCCACAGUCCCUACAUGAGGGAGGCUUGAGUGACAGGAGAAAUCUGAUUGGUCCUGUUUGUUCUGUAAAUAGUGAUGUCAUCUACCACACAGAACUCACCUCUCUGUUUUACACCAUAGACUCAGGACCACAGUAUUUACAACGUGAGACCCAGGAGGACAAGCUGAAGAGGGAGGCAUCAGCUGGUGAGCUUGAGUUGAAGAUGGAAAAAGAAUUAAAAGAGAAAUUAAGACAGGAGAUGAUGAAACAACUAGAGGAGAAAGACACACAACUGGAUGAUAUGACCCAGGAAGUGAGAGAGAAAGACACACAACUGGAUGAUAUGACCCAGGAAGUGAGAGAGAAAGAGAGACUCCUGGAGGAGAAGAACCAGAUAAUCGAACAGAGGGAGAAACUAUUAGAAGAGAAAGACAAGCAACUAAAGGAUAGAGACAUUCAACUAGAGGCUCUGAGAAAGAACCUGCAGGACAAGAACAGCCAAGUAGAGAACUUCAGAGUCCUACUGCAGGAAAAAUACCUUCAACUAGAGGACAGGAACCACAGACUGGGAGAGAAGGACAGACUACUGGGAGAGAGAGACAAACUACUGGAAGAGAGAGACAAAGUAUUGGAGGGAAAAGAAAAUGAACUGAAAGAGAGGAGACGGGAACUAAAAGAGAGGAGACAGGAAGUAAAAGAGAGGAGACAGGAAGUAGAAGAGAAAGACAACCUACUAGAGGAGAGAGAGACGCAGUUAAAGGAAAGAGACAAACAGGUGGAGGAUGUCAACAAUGAAAAUGCUGAAAUGGCUCAACAGAUAUGUGAUGUGAAGACUGAGGUAGAGAGACUGAGUAGAGAGAUCUCAGCCCAGAUGACUGAACAUGGAGAGACGUCAGAAACAGGUUCCAUCCUCCCAGUCAGGAGGAGACACAGCAUGGAGGUUCCUCUAAACA